AAUGGGAACUGGUCUGGAAUGGGAAAGAUUGACAGGAACUAGUCCGGCACGGGAAAAGACUGGUCUGGGAGUGGCAAAGGCCCAUCAGGGCUGCUCUGAGAUAAAAGAUCCCCAAUUGCCACCGGUCCAGAGCCGGGAAGUGCCGGUCUGGGGUGACUUUUGCGUCCUCUCGGGCAGACGAGCGCCCGCCAAGCGCCGCGUGGGUUCUUCCCCCAGAGGAGAAGCUGGAGCCACCGCAGGCCAUGAACGCCCUGAUGAAGCUGAACCAGCUCAAGCCGGGGCUGCAGUACAAGCUGGUGUCCCAGACCGGCCCCGUGCACGCCCCCAUCUUCACCAUGUCCGUGGAGAUCGACGGCAGCACCUUCGAGGCCUCGGGGCCCUCCAAGAAGACGGCGAAGCUGCACGUGGCCGUCAAGGUGUUGCAAGACAUGGGGUUACCCACCGGAGUGGAAGGCAAAGACUCCGGGAAGGGCGAUGAGUCGGCGGAGGAGACGGAGCAGAAACCGGUGGUCGUGGCUCCUCCGCCCGUCGUCGAAACAGUGUCGACGCCCACGGCGGCCUCGCCCCCGGCAGAUCAGACCCCCGAGAACGUGAAGCAGCAGGGACCAAUCCUGACAAAGCACGGGAAGAACCCCGUGAUGGAGCUGAACGAGAAGCGGCGCGGGCUGAAGUACGAGCUGAUCUCGGAGACGGGCGGCAGCCACGACAAGCGCUUUGUCAUGGAGGUGGAGGUGGACGGGCAGAAGUUCCAAGGCGCCGGCUCGAACAAGAAGGUGGCCAAGGCCUACGCGGCGCUGGCCGCGCUGGAGAAGCUGUUCCCGGAUGCUCCCGUGGCCAUCGAGCAGAACAAGAAGAAAAGAACCCCCGUGCCAGCCAGGGGAGGCCCCAAAUUCCCAGUCAAACAGCACAACCCGGGGUUCGGGAUGGGGGGCCCCAUGCACAACGAGGCCCCCCCGCCCCCCAACAUGCGCGGCCGCGGCCGGGGCGGAAACAUCCGGGGCCGCGGGAGAGGCCGGGGCGGCUUCGGCGGCAACCACGGCGGCUACAUGAACACAGGUGAGGGCCAGACCCCCCCAGGGA